UCGGUACCUUCACUGACGAGAUGGCGGAGAGCCUACCUACCGUAUCGGCGACACAGUAACCUCCAAUGAUCCUCCGCUCUGCCAGUCGAGCUCUUUCCUCUCGUGCGACCCUCCAACGCGUCGACGUGUCGGACUCACUCAAGAGAGAUUCUUGGAUCGAAUCCAGCAUGCCACGUCGGAUGGGACCCUCCGACCGUUCCGAGCGCCGCGUCGGGCCCGUUAUUGUACCGAGGCGCCAUGCCACGUCAGAGCGAGCUCUUCCGAGAAAUGGCGCAGGAAGACACUCCAGCAGACAUCACGGUACUCGGGGUGGAUAUUCGAGGCGCCUAAAGAAUCGCAAAAAGCCAGCAUGAUGCCACUCAUUUCCAGAUGGCAUCAAGAGUACUCCGGGCAAUUCCGGAUUGGCCCGUUCGUCGCGACACCUGGCGCCUUCUCGCGGUCAUUCCAGCAUGCUGCUGGUCAGCAGCGAUAGACUCCACGCCUACCUUGCGGCCUCUCUCGUUCAGAGGCGCCUCGAAACCAGUCUCCGCGCCCUCUCGCGCCCUCUCUCGCAGCCAGCCGUGCUACGAAGCCGAGAGCCGCCGCCAGAAUGUGCUGCUGCUGUGCUGGGAUUCUUUCAUGCGCCACUGGCCCAUGCUUUGAGUCGACUCAGAACGACAUUACUACCACUCGGAUUCUUUCGUGUGCCACGAGCCCAUCGUCGAUGAGAUCGACGAGCGCAAUCGCUUCUUCACGAGCUUCGCUUCUUCACGAGCUUCGCUUCUUCACGAGCUUCGCUUCUUCACGAGCUUCGCUUUAUCUUCAGACGACCAGCGACUCGGACUCGAGUCUUUUUCUUUCUUAAGAUUCUCAACUGCGGUGCACGUGGGACCAGCAACCCACCGACCCUGCGACCCAGCAAACCAGCAAACCAGCGACCCAGAAACCUAGCAACCCAGCGACCGGAACUGAAUGGCGCCGGUGAUACUUAGAGCUCUCCUCUUCUCCCUCGUGGCAGCAGCGCUCGUCUCUCCAUGCGCCUCCCAGCUACCAUCCGACUGGUUCCUGCCGUGGCCCGGCCGCCUCAAAUGCACUCUAGCAGCGAGUCUGAGCGGGCGGCAGGUGAUGACGGGCAGGAAGGGCGAUCUGCGCGCCACUGGCUCAGCCACCAUCUCUGCCUUUGCGUUUCGCUCCCAUGUGCAUGUGAAGGUGCACAUUCGCGUGAACAAUCUCACCGAGCCCUCAGAGCCACUCACUCAGAGCAUCCACCGCGGGUGGCGCUGGCAGAACGGGGCCAAUGUGUGGGACGUGGACGGCAUGUGGGUGCGCAAAAAGGGCGGCUUAGAGCAAGACAUGUGGUUCAAAAACGCCAAGACGCUGGUACUGCGCAAGUAUGGGUCGGUGUAUGGGCUGCUCAGGUGGAUGAGUGUUAUGCCGGGUUUGUUUUAUCUGAAUGUGAAUACGCAGAUGUUUCCUUAUGGGGCACUUAGAGGGCAGCUUGUGCCCAUGUUACCGCACACACCUGUCCACAGCAAGGUUCAACGGGUCUACUCGAUUGCAACCAUGGCGCGCAGGCUGCGAUCAGUCACAGGCCUCGUCCCGCUUCUACUCCUCGCUAUCCUCGCCCGAGCCACCACCGCCUCUGCAAAUCAUCCCGACGUUGCGAGUCGUGACGUCGGAGUCGCGGCGAAUCAUAACGUCGCGGACGGCAUCGCGCUGAACGACACGCGCUCGCUGUUGGAGAUCGGAGUCACUCCCACGCAUCGCGCGUCGAGAAAGCUCGGCAUCCUUCCGUUCCCCGGCUUCCUCAAAUGUGCGCUGGUGGCGUAUAUGGAUGCGGGCAGCGUCCAGUCCAUCUUUGGGGGCGACCCUGGUGCUGACGGCGUGGCGCUGGUGCAAGUGUACAGGUACAAUGGGCGGACCAACGUGAACAUCCGCCUGAGAGCACACGCCCUCUCCUCCUCACCCAUAACCCAAACGGUCAACAAGGCGUACUCGGGCAGCAACGGGCUGCCCGUGUGGGUAGUUUCCGGGCAGUGGUCGCGCGACAACAACAACGACGUGUACACCCUGCAGAAGUGGUACUACGAGGCCAAUAAGAAGUACCCGCCGGGGUCAACCAGCUCGGUGUACUCCAUAGUGCGGGCCAUGGCGGCUGAUCCCAGGAGGUACUAUGCGCUGGUGAGCUCGCUGACUCGGCCGCUCGGGGCGAUCCGAGGGCAGUUCCGGCGCACACUGCCGUUCCUGCUGUACCCAUGGAACCCGUGCUGAAGUGCUGCAGUGCUGCAGUGGUCAAAAGGACGCUAGGAGCUGCCGAGGUGCACUGGCUAGGAUGGCGUGAGUCCCGAAGCAGACAGUGUGAAGUCGGUGCUAGUAGUGUUGCGUGCAUUGUGGUACC